UUUUCCUUAGUUUGUUUAGGAAACUAUGGUCUAGGGAUAGGUGAGCUGAGAGAAGUUGUGUAAACAAGGGCCAGCUUGCCUAGAGGUUUCAUUUUCCAUGCAGAGAAGAGUCUGAAACUCCAUGUUGAGAUUACUCACUGUUUGUAUGGUUGUCUUAAAGAUUUAGCCAGCUCUUCUCUCUUUCGUGCUCCCCAGUGCCCUCAAAGCCUUUGUGUUGGGACCAGCCUGGAGUCCUCCUGCACAGCUCUAGACACAAGCCCAGAGUCCAGGUUGCAGUGCCAAAAUUGCAUUGCACGUGGCUUACAGACACAUUGAGAGCAUCUGCAGGGUGGCUGCUGUGAGGGUAGCUGGGUAUACAGUCCUGGCUUGUGGCAAGAGCCCAUCUGGAAAUAAAAAUAUCCUUUGAUGUUGGCUGGGGGCUGUGUACAAAUCACAAACGGGACGGGGCUGCUCUGGAACGUGCUUUGAGCUGUUGUAUUUUCCAGCAUCACUCUCAUUAAAUGGUUAUGACAAUGGGAAGAUGCCAGCAGCUCACAUCCCAGGCAGCAGAUGAAGAACUUAAUGUUACAACUCACUUUAUAAGUUUUUUGACCAAUCACACAAAGCAAAAGCACAUUGACAGUAGUUCUAUCCAACCACUAUAAGCACAGGUACCUUUGGUUAAAACAAUGCUUGUGUAUUUCAAAUACAAUACCUGCUUGUAAGCCUUAAAACACAAUGCACAGAGCUCCAUUAUUAAGCUUCAAACUUCCUAAUAUCUUGCUAGAUAAACUUUUUGGUAGCUUAGAGAGUUAUUCUAGACAAGCAUUAAUACACAGACCAUUGUUCUAUUUGUCCUUAAAUAAUUUUUUUGCUAACCUAUCUCAUGGCUGCUGCUUAGCUCUAAUCACAGUUCUACUGCCUCUGUGGCCUGCCUUUUGCCCCUUUCCCAAAACCCUCUAAUUUUGCAAAUUGCCACAUCUUCUUACAGUUUGGGUGGAUGGUUGGUUGUAGUUUGGGCUCUCCGAUCUCCUGGUGCCAUGCUGUGGUCUUUGAUGCCCUUUCCUUUUCCUUCCUGCUCAUGCACAAAGCUCUGCUGAUGUUUUUGGCUUGGAGAUCUCCCUCCUGUUGUCCCCCAUGUUUGAUGGCAAAGUCCCUCACUGGCACCACUACAGCUGCUUCUGGAAGCGGGCUCGACUCGUGUCCCACGCAGACAUCGACGGCUUCCCCGAGCUUCGCUGGGAAGACCAGGAGAAAAUCAAGAAAGCCAUUGAAACUGGAGGCCCUGGAGGAGGAAAAGGAGGGGAACAGGAAGGAGGUGGUAAGGCUGAGAAGAGCCUGAAUGACUUUGCAGCAGAAUAUGCCAAGUCUAAUAGAAGUACUUGCAAAGGCUGUGAGCAGAAAAUAGAAAAGGGCCAGAUCAGGAUUUCCAAGAAGAUGGUGCAUCCUGAGAAGCCCCAGCUGGGGAUGAUUGAUAACUGGUACCACCCCGACUGCUUCGUGAGCCGCCGCGCAGAGCUGGGCUUCCUCCCUGCCUACGGGGCCUCCCAGCUCCUGGGCUUCAGCAUCCUCAAAGCUGAGGAUAAAGAGACUCUGAAGAAGCAGCUCCCAGCUACCAAGAGUGAGGGAAAGAGAAAAGGAGAAGAGGUAGAUGGAAACGUGGUUGCAAAAAAGAAGCAGAAAAAAGAAAAAGAGAAAGAAUCCAAGCAGCAGAAACAGCUGAAGGAGCAGACAGAGCUGAUCUGGGGCAUCAAGGAUGAGCUGAGGAAGGUGUGCUCCACCAAUGACCUGAAGGAGCUGCUGAUUGCCAACAAGCAGGAGGUCCCCUCAGGGGAGAAUGCUAUCUUGGACAGAGUGGCAGAUGGGAUGGCCUUUGGAGCUCUGCUGCCCUGUGAGCAGUGCAAGGGGCAGUUUGUGUUCAAGAGUGACGCUUAUUACUGUUCAGGGGACAUCACUGCCUGGACCAAGUGCGUGGCUAAAACACAGACUCCCAACAGGAAAGACUGGGUGAUCCCAAAGGAAUUCCGGGAAAUUCCUUACCUGAAGAAAUUUAAGUGCAAGAAGCAGGACAGGGUGUUCCCUCCAGAUGCUGCCACUGUAAACUCAGCACCUCCUCCCUCUGCAUCUGCUCCUUUGGCAGAGACUGUGUCUGCACCCAGAGACAAACCACUGACCAACAUGAAGAUCCUGGUUGUUGGGAAGCUGUCAAAGAACAAGGAGGAGGUGAAGAGCAUUGUGGAGGACCUGGGAGGAAAGAUGACCACCACAGCCAACAAGGCCACGCUGUGCAUCAGCACCCAGAAGGAUGUGGAGAAAAUGAGCAAGAAGAUGGAAGAAGUGAAGGAGGCCAAGGUCCGUGUGGUCUCGGAGGCGUUUCUUCAGGACGUGAAAUCUUCCAGCAAGGACUUCCAGGAGCUUGUGUCUCUCCAUGCCCUUUCACCCUGGGGUGCAGAUGUGAAAAUGGAGCACGAGGAAAUGGCUGUGGAUGGGAAGAACAGCAAGCCCCCAAGUACAAAGAGUGCUGCUGGGAAGGUCAAAGAAGAGCAGGGACCUAGCAAGUCUGAAAAGAAAAUGAAGCUAACAGUGAAGGGUGGAGCAGCAGUGGAUCCUGAUUCUGGUUUGGAGGAUUCUGCUCAUGUCUUUGAAAAAGGUGGGAAAAUUUUCAGUGCAACCCUGGGACUAGUAGAUAUUGUCAAAGGAACAAAUUCCUAUUAUAAGCUGCAGCUGCUGGAGGAUGACAGAGAGAACAGGUACUGGGUGUUCCGAUCCUGGGGCCGUGUGGGCACCGUAAUUGGCAGUAACAAGCUGGAGAAGAUGCCAUCAAAAGAAGAUGCCAUUGAGCACUUCCUGAAUUUGUAUGAAGAGAAAACUGGCAAUUCUUGGCAUUCUAAGAACUUCACUAAAUAUCCCAAAAAGUUCUACCCACUGGAAAUAGAUUAUGGACAGGAUGAAGAAGCUGUCAAGAAAUUGACAGUAGGUGCCGGGACAAAAUCAAAACUCGCUAAGCCAAUCCAGGAUCUUAUUAAGAUGAUCUUUGAUGUGGAGAGCAUGAAGAAAGCAAUGGUGGAAUUUGAGAUUGACUUGCAGAAGAUGCCGUUGGGAAAGCUGAGCAAGCGACAGAUCCAGAGUGCAUACUCCAUCCUGAAUGAGGUUCAGCAGGCAGUUUCUGACAGUGGUUCAGAAUCCCAGAUUUUGGACCUCUCCAACCGUUUCUAUACACUGAUUCCUCAUGACUUUGGGAUGAAGAAGCCACCUCUCCUAAAUAACUUGGAAUACAUUCAGGCUAAAGUGCAGAUGUUGGACAACUUGCUUGAUAUUGAGGUUGCUUACAGCCUUCUCAGAGGUGGAAAUGAAGAUGGAGAUAAAGACCCAAUUGACAUCAACUAUGAAAAACUUAAAACAGAUAUUAAGGUUGUUGACAAAGAUUCAGAAGAAGCCAAGAUUAUCAAACAAUAUGUGAAGAACACUCAUGCUGCUACACACAAUGCAUAUGACCUCAAAGUUGUGGAUAUCUUCAGGAUUGAGCGUGAGGGGGAGAGCCAGCGUUACAAGCCCUUCAGGCAGCUCCACAACCGCCAGCUGCUGUGGCACGGCUCCCGCACCACCAACUUCGCCGGCAUCCUCUCGCAGGGCCUGCGGAUAGCCCCGCCUGAAGCUCCUGUGACUGGCUACAUGUUUGGGAAGGGCAUCUAUUUUGCAGACAUGGUAUCCAAGAGUGCAAACUACUGUCACACGUCUCAAGCCGAUCCCAUAGGUUUGGUACUGCUGGGAGAAGUCGCCCUUGGAAAUAUGUACGAACUAAAGAAUGCUUCCCACAUCACAAAAUUGCCCAAGGGAAAACACAGUGUCAAAGGCUUGGGCAAAACUGCUCCUGAUCCCACAGCCACGACCACCCUUGGUGGUGUAGAGGUUCCCUUAGGGAAUGGGAUCUCCACAGGGAUUAAUGAUACCUGUCUUCUGUAUAAUGAAUAUAUUGUGUAUGAUGUUGCUCAGGUAAAUCUGAAGUACCUGUUGAAACUGAAAUUCAACUAUAAGACAUCACUCUGGUGAACAGUGUUUAGGAGCCCUGUUAGAGUUAUACUGUAGUUACACUAUAGCCUUGACUUCUGACAUGCUUAUGCAUUGACUUCUCUUACCAAGAUAUCAAGAGCUAAACUGCAGAAGAAAUUACUAAAUCCUAUUUAGUACAACACUUAGUGAAAGUUUUAUAUCAAAAGUGUGGCAAUACAUGGACCUGAAUUCUGAUGAGAAUGAGUACCUGGUUUUGUUUUAUACCACUUCUAAUUCUGGUGCUUUAAGUGUUUCUUUUAAUUGACCAAACUGACAAGAAAGAAAAAAGGAAAUUAUUCUGGUGUUCUUAGCCAAACAGAGCUGGGCAAAAGCAGGAGAAGGAACUUGAGCACGUUUGUGGUACUUGCUCUGUUAAGGUUCCCCCUUGUUUAAGAUACUCUUUUUCAGUUUUCAUUUGACUAAAUGAUAAAUGUGCAUUUAUUUUGAGGUAAAAAAUAAAAGCUAAUUUCAUACUAACAGUUUUAUGUUUCAAAACUUCCAAAUUGUUUUGGUUUUGAGUCAUAAUUUAAAUGUAUUUGGUAGAAUGUUCUUAAACAUGGUAUCUCUCUCAAGGAUCGAAUGCCAAAUAUUGAAAUCUGUAGUCAUGUUUCAGGAAGCUGUGGUGAAAUUAAAAUUUGGACUUUCCACAGAGACUUCAUCUGUCAACAGUUGGUGUGGUAAACAUGGAAAAUAAGCUUGUGGCUGUUUGAAUUUAGUAUUAGCCCCAAUAAACCUCCUUUAAAUACCUACCUUCAA